CUGCCACCAUUUCAACGCGCAACAACACAACCGUUAUAAAAACUAUACAUUUUCUAGAAAUAAAAGUAUUGAGUUUAUCAAACAAUUUUUGAAAAAUAUACUUUCUAAAAGCAACAUGGCAGCCGCUGUUCCAGAAGCACCACAGCUGGUGAAGGUCAAGCUGAUACCGGCUGAAUCGUUGGAGGAACGAAAGCGCCACAUUGUGGCUAAUGUGGUGUUGGAGGGUCGCACCUCCGUAGUGCCGUACAUAGAUGAUGCGGUCAGCCUCAGUAAAGUGGCACAAAAACAAUUGCUCGACGCCACAGCAGUGCCGAAGCGCAGCCACAAGCGUUUGCAUUUCUACUCCGUGGGACCGCGUACCUAUCACACCAAAUGUCCGCUGUGUCAGCAGUACGGCGAUGCGGCUGUGAUGCGAGCGGCGGGUUUAAAGGAUGCCACCUGCUGUUUGUCGACGUCGUCGUGCUUCUUCCCAAUCUUCUGGCUCUGCUGCAUUAGCACCUGGUGCGGCUGUAAUCGCGAGUGGACCACGAAAGGCAUUUACUGCAGUAAAUGUGGGGGAAAAUUAGGCAUACAACAGAAGCCGAAAUGAGUGCUAAUAA